AUGCCUCUCCUUAGACCCGCAUUCCGGCUGUACACGCGCCAAUUCCAGCGCUGCGCAUACUCGACCGCACCGUCUCCCGUCAUCAAUGUUACAAAUGUUCCCGCGCCACACUCAGGCAGCAUUCGCAUUUUGUCGCUCAAUCGCCCGGCUGCACGCAAUGCUAUAUCCCGCCAGUUGCUUGCAGAGUUGACACACCAAGUCAACAGCAUACAAAAUGAAGGAGAGACGGGCGCAACACGAGCUCUCAUAUUAGCUAGCGAUGUAGACACAAGUUUCUGCGCAGGCGCAGACCUGAAGGAGCGCGCAACAUUUACACAAGAAGACACAGCAAACUUCCUAACAACAUUACGUGGCACCUUGACCUCGAUAUCUCAGCUACGUGUCCCCACCAUAUCUGCGCUGGCAGCGCCCGCGUUCGGUGGCGGCCUCGAGCUCGCCCUAACAACUCACAUGCGCGUUUUCGCCGCUAAUACUACCGUCGCUCUCCCCGAAACCCGCUUGGCCAUUAUCCCCGGAGCAGGAGGGACCUACCGCCUCCCUGCUUUGAUUGGCCUAGGCCGAGCGCGAGACUUGAUACUCACAGGCCGAAGAGUCGGCGGACCAGAAGCAUACUUCCUAGGCCUGUGCGACAGGUUGAUAGACAUCACGCAAGAAGAGGUACAGACAGAAGGUGCUGCGCGGAAAAAGGUACUUGAAGAAGCCGUAAAGCUUGCAAGGGAGAUAUGCGAGGGCGGGCCCAUUGCUAUCGCGGCCGCCUUAGCGGCGGUAGAGGGAUGCGCGUUGGGUGAGAAAGCGGAGAAUGCAGCCUAUGAGCUCGUCGUCAAGACGAAGGAUCGCGAUGAGGCUCUAGCAGCCUUCCGGGAGAAGAGAAAACCGGUGUUCAAGGGACAUUGA